AAAGUCAGUAUGACAAAAAGUGAACUAACAAGAACGCUGGGCAUACAAAGUCGUCGGUGUGAAAGAGUGCAGAGAAAUUCCAGGCGUGCCUGAACAGAACCCAUUUUUUUCGGACUCCCCGGACAUGAUUAAAGGGGAAUUUCCAGGAAGCAAUUGAACGCAGCACACCAGUCGGAACACUCGAGCGACGGUGAACGGACAAGAUGCAGACUAUAAAGUGUGUGGUAGUGGGCGACGGUGCUGUGGGGAAGACCUGCCUGCUCAUCUCCUACACAACCAACAAGUUUCCCUCUGAAUACGUCCCAACGGUCUUCGAUAACUAUGCCGUGACUGUGAUGAUCGGCGGGGAGCCGUACACCCUUGGACUGUUUGACACUGCAGGUCAGGAGGACUAUGACAGACUGCGACCCCUCAGCUACCCUCAGACUGACGUCUUCCUCGUCUGUUUCUCCGUCGUAUCGCCUUCCUCUUUUGAGAACGUCAGAGAGAAGUGGGUGCCCGAGAUUUCACACCACUGCCCAAGGACACCCUUCCUGCUGGUUGGAACUCAGGUGGAUCUGAGAGACGACAGUAACACUAUGGAGAAGCUAGCCAAGAACAAACAACGACCCAUAAGCUCUGAGGGUGGAGAGAAACUGGCACGAGAUCUCCGAGCUGUCAAAUAUGUGGAGUGUUCAGCUCUGACGCAGAGAGGACUAAAGAAUGUGUUUGAUGAGGCCAUCCUGGCAGCUCUGGAGCCCCCAGACAUCAAACCCAAAAAGCGCUGCUUGCUCCUAUAGAAGCCUUCCAGAAGAGGAGGAUGACAAGGAGCAGAAGUUGAGAUGGAGAAGAAUGAGAUCAACCCUCUAUGGGAACAGCGGGAGGAAGCACCAAAGGGGGGGUGUAGAAACGCGGUUAAACUGUGCCUUCAGUCUUAGUGACCUAACAUGGGUUUGGUUUUGGAACUGACUGGCGCUUUAUUUUCCUAGUAGAUAUAAGUUGCUCUAAUAUGGUUAACAUGUAUGAACCACACUCCACACUAACAAGUAAAUAGGAUUUUUUUAUGAUAAUGGGAGGCAACGAAGAGGUUUAACCUUAAGAUACCUGGAAACAGCAAGGCAUGGAUGGAGACAAGUUUACAGCUUAAACUGGAAAUCAGCUCCUUUUUAUUAGGAGAAAUAUUUGAGCAUAAAUCAGGCUGUGAUGGUCUGCAGGAAACUAAAGGAGGACUACAUUGUUGGUGUUUAAACACCUCCACAUUCAUGUGCCAGCUUUUACUUCUCUGUACAUCAAGUUUUAUAUAUAUACUUGAUGUACAGAGAAGUAAAAGCUGGCACAUAAAUGUGGAGGUGUUUACACCAACAUGUGUUAAUUUUCGUUUCUGUUUCAUCCAGCAGAAAUCUUUUUCUAUAGAGAAAAGUGUGUUUGGAUCCAUAUACCAUACCAAAUGUCUGGUAUAUUUAUUCAAAAUAGCAUUCUAAAAGGUUAAUAGAAACACAGUAGGUGCUCUUUUUAUGCCACAAUUAAGUUCAAGGUAGUUUUUGGAGCAAAUCAAUAUUUUACAUUAACAACUAGCUAUGUCCAAGUACGUUUAAAAAAACAAAGAUAUUUUCAAGCAUAAAAUAUGAAAAUGUUCGAAUCUACACAUUCAAUUUAUGCUGUUUUAAUUCUUGUUACAUGAGGCUGUUUUUCGGUAAUCUUAAGAAAUCAAAAGAAUUCAUCUGCAGCCUUAUCCACCUUCAGACAUAUCGAUCAUUUACCUUCAUUUAUACAAAACAAGAGCCCCACUGAUUCCCCAGUUUUUACCCAAAAAUGUGCGCUCACUCAUGCAACUCUGUGACCUAACUCUUAUUCAUCUGAACUUGUGGAAGCCUUGCCCUCAACGAGAACAAACUAUCUGGAGUGAUGUAAAACAUGACAAGCACUAUUACAGGUUUGUCCACAUGGCAAGAAUGAAUAUUUCGUGUCUGACCAGAGGUGGAGCAAACACACAUGUGAGCCUUCAAUGGGUUCUCGUUCUCAGCAGUCACAUAGUCUUUUUUCUUUCCCAACAUAUCCGCAGAUGGCAUGUGACAUCCUGAACCAAAAUACCCUGAUCAAUCUGAUAUUUCAGUUUUUUUUUUAGGUCCUAGAUUUAACUGACCAGUCCAUUAGUUGUUUUUACUUCUUAAUAUAAGCGCUGUAAUUUAUCAGUUUCAGGCUUGCAUAGGAAAGAAAUGUCUUCUUGGAGAAAAAACGUUCCAGUCAUGAAAACAAUUCGAUUGUUAAACGUUACUUUCUCAGAUCACAGAUGAGACAUUAAGGCUGUGAAAAUUAAGGAUGGCAUUUCCAGGCGCAUUUCAGACCUAUGGUUAAAGUGGUUUGCGUUACACUGUUGACGUCAAGUAAAAGACAAAUCUGAAGUGCCUUUAUUUUUACGCAUCACUCCAGCUGAGAAUCUGAAACCUUAAUGUUCGAAUCUUGCAGCUCUAAAAAUGCUGUGAACAAUAUUUAUUCCUCAAUGUGCUUGAAAGUCUUACUGAACAAAACCAGUCAAACUCCUAAUAGUUACGGUUUAAUGCGGUUGUUUUUAUCAAAUGGUGGAAAUUACCUUUUUUUAUUUGUAAAAACUGAUUCUUUUUAGUAUCUUUAAAGUGUUUGAUCAACUAGAAUGUCCAGAUAUUUAGCAGCUUUGGUUCAUCAAGUAGAAAACGUUUAACACAUGACCUCGUAAUGUAUUGUUCUAUCCUGAUUAUUGUUUCUUCUACAAAGAUCUCCAGAGUUUUUAGCACCUGAACGCCUUAAAGGGGACUGCAAUGUAGUUCAAAUGGUCCUUCUAUGUUGUUUCUUCUGCCAAAGUUUAACUAAAUCAUAGCUUAACAGACCUCAGAAUGUGGACAUAGACGUUAAUAUAAUUACUAUUAAAUAAGUUCUUCACAGAUUUAGUUUUGUUGCUGUUACAGACGGAGGAAACGUCUGUCCAUUCUGAAUGAUUACUACUUUCUUAGGCUCCAACUUCUGAACAAAAUAAAAAUUGAAAUAUGUGUUGUUAGCAGAGCUUCACCUUUUCACUCCGCAAUUAUGCUCAUUUAACAAAUUGCCCCUUAGGACUAUUUGUUUUGUUGUUGCAUAGAAUGGAGUAAAAGUGAUAUUUAAUGUUUUGUGGAGUUUUGGAGUUCUCUAGCACUGACUGUCCUGAGCCGAGGAAACUGUUUUAACCCUUAAGCUGAUUGUAUUUUUUCCACUGACAAAUAGAAAUUCCUAUUUUCUUAAACCAAUCUGUUGAUGUUGACAUUUUGAUCAGAUCUUGAAUGAAUUAUUACGAGUAUUAUAUAGAUAUUUUGCAUCUUAUUGUUUCUUUGGGGACAAUAUUCCUGCAGGGUUUUAGACAUUUAUGUUUUUAUUUCUUUUUAGCACUUUUUAGAUAUUUUUACAACUACUUGAUGAACACAGAGUGCCAACAGUUAAAGUAUCGCUGGGUUGGUUUGGCAAACAAAAACAUCUUUAAAAUAAGCUUAAUAAGUCCUGUCGAAAAGAAAGAUAUUUUCAAGCAAUACUUGCAGAUCAAGUAAUAUUUGUUAUGCAUUACAAUUUGAAUGUGUGGUGUGGUGGGUGUAUGGAAAUAAUAAAAAUAGUACUUGAAUAUUUUA